CACACACAGGCAGAGUCAGACGCCCAAAGCUGCCCUUGUAUCAACAAACUCCACUGCCAUGCUCGUUUGUUUAAGGAGAAGCCUCUGGAGUGCUUCAUGUCUCAUUUUUCCUACUUGGUAUACGACAGUUUGGGGAAAUAAAUGAAAACUGGAGUUAUCGGUGGAAAUACGGCACCUGCGGCAAACACUUGCCACACCUUCAGCCCUGUAACAGCCCUGCUAUCCAGCAGUCCAGAUGGGGUGCAGAUGCUGUAGCAUGAUAAAAAGUCACAUCGAUGAUCCUACAGAUCCCCUGGAGGUCAACGGACUAAAACAGGAUCCUUCUGCCAAUUCCUUCGUCUCUUCCUACCAAUCAGAUGAUGGGAAGAAACAAGGCUUUCAGAAUUUGGGCUACACCAGCAGCAGUAACCUCAGCAAAUCCGACAUUGAAAACAAUCACAUAAACCAGGCCAGAUCGACCUUACCCCAGACACAAGGGGGCAACUCUAGCCUCUAUAUUUUGCAGCCAGAUGGUGGGGUCUCCCCCACCAAUCCUCAUUCUCCACCAUUAUCCACAGAAACUGGUAAACAAACAGAAAGGUUCCGAGACUCGGGCCUGGGAAAUGGGUCCGAUGGCUACUUGUACAGAGCAACUAAAGAAGAUGAAGGAAGACAGGGAGCGGGGGACACGGCGGACGAGGAGAGCGUCAUAUCAGUUGACAUCCAUACCAGCAGCACCAGCCUGUCCUCAUCUGACACCAAGCUUAUAGACGAGAAUUCAAGAGCAAAUCAAAAAGACACUGAGGACACUGUGAGUGUCACAGACUCUAUGGUGGAAGAAGCACUCGCUGCGUUGGAGGCGGCCACGGCAGGGGAGGAGUAUGAGUAAAAACUGUCUCUCUCCACCUGUCACCAUGCCCAGCCGGGUCUGACCGGAAUGAACACCACACGUGGCCAAAAAAAAUAAAAGAAAGAGAGAUAUAUUUUCCUUAUAUACGUUUCAUUCAUCAAGGCUUUAAUUGAAGGAUUUUUUUCAAAAUGAAGUUUUAAACAGACUCCUAUUUGUUUACAGGUCAUACUGUGUAUAAACAGAAUAUAUAAUAUGGAUGUAUUCUGCCAAGCAUGUUGGUAGCAUGGAGUGUAUGGGCUGUUACUUUCUGAAUCUUUCUCCCUGCCUUUUUACACAAUCUAUGCAAGUCCAUACUACUGUGAUAAGCAUUGAAUUAUUUUGUUAAGUUGACAAUCUGCAAUGUUCUCCCUAACUUCAUGAUAAUAUGAUCCUGGUAGGGCAGAUAAACAGCUGUAUCAAACGAUCAUGCAAAUGUCCAAUGGGAUUAUAAGCCACUGAAAAAAAAAGUCACAGUCAUUCUGUUCUCUUCCUUCUUAAAAGUGUGAAGAUAGGGCCAGUGCUUUGACCAGAAACUUUAUUUUUUUCAAUUUAAACUGAUAAAUCCAGUGCUGUCAACAUCUCCCUUUUGCUUUAUUUUGAUCUUAAUUGAUCAGUUUAUAUAACAUCCACUGAUUGACAUUUAGGUCUUGAUUUCCUGGAUUCCACUGCUACUGUAUGUAAAGAAAGCUUCUUUUGACCUGAAGUUUUAGCAAGCAUCUGGUUGACAUGAUUCAGAACGAAUACUCGUUAGCUCUACCUCUCUAGUUACUUCAGUAGCUUUGGCUAUUUCAAAAUGGAAGAGUGGG